CGUCAAAUAAGUUUCUUCACUUUCAACUCCAUAAUAUCAACUUCAUUCUAAAAAAUUAGAAAGAACAAAUUAUACAUAUCUCCACAAACAUAAAUAAUAUUAGUUGUUUAAAGAAGAUAUAUUAUUUUGAAUAUUAAAUAUACCGGGAAAGUAAUUAUAUGUGUGGGCGGGUACCCAUGGGGCGGGUUUACCUAAACCCAAACCCAACCUAAUCCGGUGAAUAGUAUAGCGGGUUUAAACCCGAACCCGGCCCAAAACCCGUCAACACGGGUUUUACCCGCGUUGACCGGGUUGGGUCGGGUGGGUACCCAUGGGUUCGGGUUUUGUUGCCAUCCCUAGUUAUCUAUACGAGCCUAAGUGAUUUAACUACAAGCAUUUUUGGGUUCUGUUUACAUCGAGUUCGAGCUGGUGGAGUCAUUUAAAGAAGGAAGUAGGAGAAAGCGGUCAAGGUCCAGCAGGGCACAAGUACAAGGUGUUUGAUUUAAUGGGCUAGUUAGCAUUACAUUCUGAAUAAUUUAUCAUGUUAUUUGAUGAUGCAUUUUACUUAAGUUAUACGAUAUGCUCUUAUUUGCUAUGUAUAUUUGAGUUGCGCAUUUAUAUGAUUUACGCACACGGCCACUUUUCUUUCCAUUGUGAGGAAGUUUAUCAUCAGGUUAUCAAUCUUAUCAGGUUUCCUUCUCAUUGUGAGGAAGUUGAUCUUAUCAAGUUUAUCAAACUCCAUUCCCACUGCGAGGAAGUUAUUAAGUUUAUCAAGAUUAUCACGAGUUUGGGGCCCUUCUUAUCAAGAAAACCUUAUCAAUGAACUUUUUCCAAGUCAAGUAAAUGUUUGAAUGCAUGAGCAUUUGCACUCAAUAUGCAUGUUGGAUCAUGUUAUGUAUUAUGUAAAGAACGAAACUAGGAUUAGGACCGACGCCAACGCCCGCACUUAGAUAUCGUACGAUCAUCAGAAGUACACUAAAGGAGAGUACAUCUGGUCACGACGAGGUUCAAGGCUCCAACACACUCUAUUACGAAGAAUUAAAUUCUUAUGUAUUUAGUAGGAUCGAGACUUGAUGUGUAUUUAUUAAGUAUGUUAUGUUUUCCCCAUAAGAACGUUUCAAGAAAUUAUGAUUUGAAUUUCAAAGAAAUUUUGAUUCUAGUUUUGGUUAACGGUUUACUAAGGGUAUUUUGGUAAAAGUAGUGCCUGGCCAGUUUUGGUUAACGGUUCUACGCGAUUUUUUCGUAAUGAACAGUAAAUCUCGUUUUUUGGUAAUUUUUGGUUGCUUGUGGUUUAAUCAUUCUAAUAAUAAUUGACAAAGAUUCUACCAAAAUCAAGGGUAAAGAUUGUAUUUUCUUGUGGUUUGUAAGUGUACAAAGUUCAAAGAAGUAUCAAGAAAAAUCAUGAGAGAGAAAUCGCUUAGAGAGAGGGAGAGAGUGCGUGGAGAGAGAAUUUCAGUGAGUGAAGGGGAGGCUGGCAGUCUUUUGUUUUGCAGGUCUAAUGCAGCAGGAAGUAGCAGGAGCAGCAAUUCGAAGGUUUCUUGUGAACAGAAAGAGAGAUUUGGUUCGAAGACCAUUAUCGUUUCUAGGAUCAACGGUGAAAGACAAGUUUAUCGAAUUCAAGCCCAAGACUCACAGAAAGAUGGUUCAUUUUCAUGGACGAAACUCAGAUUUCUUGGUUACAAGGUCUUCUCCAAUCAGCCGCAAUGACAGAUUGGUUCUUUCCCCGAAACUGAGUUUUAAGAAGUGGCAGACGGAUCAUUCAUGUUGGGAAAGCCUUUUUGCAUAACACCCAGCAGCUUCAGAUUUCUGAACAGAGGAUGAACGGAAGAGUGCAAAAGAUUCUGAUACCAUCGGUUGGCGGAUGGGCAAAAUUUACAAAUCUGCUUCAGAGAUUUUAUGCAGUUGAACUACAGGAACGCAUCUGGUCUUCCUUUAAGUCCAACAAACCCCUUAUUCCUCCACCACCAGGGCAAUCUAUUCCUAGAUCGUAUGCUGAUAAUCAUGUUUAAUAUAUCGGAUUCUUGAAUUUUAUGUGACUAUCUGACUCGCUAUGACACAACACCUAACAAUGGCCAAGUGUAACCAAUGGAAGGGACUGCAGUAUAGUGGCUCAAGUGAUAAAUAUCGAAUCAACGGGUCUCUAGAGUUACUAUUACUCAGCUUCAGUUUAUUAUUUAGCAAACCAUAUUAAGAUGAAAGAACUAAAACUACUCUAGCAAACUACAGUUAAAGUUAAUCUAAUUACAGGUUGGGAACUCACUUAGGUAUGAUUCCCCCUAGCCACUAGCCAGACUAAUGAUUGAUGAUUUCUAACUUGUUUCUCUUUCAUUCACAAUGCGGAGAAUCCUUGACUAGACCUUGAGUCUCGACUAAAGGAACAAGGCCCUCUUGAGUCAAUUGCCUAGAGGGACGUAUCCUUCUCUAGAACAACCGAUCAAGGCGUUCUGAACUAGACUCCCUCUAUCGAAAGAGGUUCUCAAUCGAUACAAAGCAGUGAAUCAACCCUCGACUAAAGCAAUCGAUCCACUACUAUCAAUCUAUGGUGCUCUAUUGACCUAAUCAUGUAUUCGCUCUCAUAGGAUCAAAGCAGAAUCAAUAAUCUCGACUAAAGCAGAAUUGAAUCAUGAAAACAUGCAUAGAUUGAAUAUGAACUCAAGAUUAUCAAGUCAGAGUAAUCAUACAAUCAUCCAAUCAAACAAACAUAGCUAGGGUUCCUCAAAACCUAAGUAAAGGGAAGUUACUCCAUAGAGAAGAGAGAGGCAGUAAGAAUCUUCAGAUGAUCAGUCUUCAAGUCCGGGCUUGUUCCUCGAGCUUCCAAGGCAAAGAAAUCCUCCAAUUCCACUCCAAGAAUGCCCUCAAAUCGCCUUCUCUCUCUUUGGUUCGUCCCUUGGGUGUUUGGGAUCCAAAACCCAGCUCUCCCUCUCCUUUGGCUCGAAUUUGGGUAAAAAAAAACCCGAUUCUGGGCAAAACACGGUCGAGGGCACGACCGUGUUUGGUUUUGCCCGCCCGUGCUUUGCCCCGUGUUAAAAACACGCCCGCGCGCGUCGGCCAAAACACGGUCGUGCCUAAAUAUGGACACGGCCGUGUUUUGAUUUAGGCGCGCCCGUGUUUUUACUGCCGAACCGGUUCCCCUAUAUUCAAUGCUUCGUUUCUCCCUCGUCCGGACUCCAAAUCAGUCGCCGUUUGAUCUCAGACGCUCGUAGUAUCGUCCUCUUUCUUUUCAUGACAAGCUUGCAUGAUUAUUUUUCCAUAAAGUGAGGUAGAAAUCCAUUCUUCUUCAGGUCAUGCCCGAGUUUCUUCUCCCGAAUCGCCAAUUGAUCUCUGAUUGACUUGAAACUUGCGCCUAUGCUUCACUUUAUGUGCUAGGACCUGAAAUGUGACAAAGGAACACAACCUAGCGUAAAAUAGGCCAAAGACACGAUAAUUAAAUCUCAAACGAUCAAGAAACAAAGGGGAAAACAUGUGCAAAUAUCGAGUCAUCACUAUCCCAUGAUAUGUUUAAGUCGAUUGAUGCUAUUUUAGGGCUCGCUAAUCCGAGAAUGGUUGAAAAAACCAUUACUGCCUAGUGCCAUGAGUUUGAUAUGUUACAUGUGGAGAAAUCUCGAAAAGUAAAAAAUUGCACAAGCAAUCAAUCGGACUCGAAUCACUUGUGGAAUAUUCACUAGGCUAGGAGGAGCAGCGGGCCGGAAGUGACUCGACUGGGCCGGGCCUAUUACUUGGACUAGGAGCUGGCAGCCAUAAUUAAUGGGGCGAGAAAAUGCUGGAGGUUGGAAUUCUUUUUGGGCGGAAGGUAUCAGAGGGCAGGGCGGAUCUAUUAUUCUUGGACAAAAAAAGACGAAAACCUCUUGUUUUGGGACGGAAGCUCUUUUGGAACGAGGAGAAGUUGCUUUUGGGAAAAAGGAGAAUGGGCGGCGCGGAACUCUUGGACGAGCAGAGUACGGUGCGACUAGCGAGCAGCUUGUUGCGGCGAUCGAGUGCAGAGCAGCGGGAAGCAAUUAUCAGUAUUUGUUUUCUUUUGCUUUGCUUUGUAACAUGAUGAUUAUGAACAUGAUUGUUUGUUUUAUUUUCGUCAUGAACUAAGCCCCGAUUUCUGGGGGAAACAUCAUAGGAUGUAGCUAUUUCUUGAUUUGAUGGAUUGAUUCGUAUUUCUUUUCCUCCAAUCUCUAUUGCAUGAAAUUACUUAAUGCUUUGUGUUGACUGGCCACCAAUACAAUGAAUCGUAGUUAAUUAGGUUAUUAGCGACAGUGAAACCCUAAUAACUGAACCUAUUUCAUGUGACAUAGUAACUUAUCGAAGCGGCAGUGGAUUAAAUAAGGUGCUAUGCGGUCUUAAAUAGGAUAUCGAUCUUCAAGCUAAAUAAUUAAGUCAUUGAGCUACGACAGUAGGAUUUGAUUUAAUUGUUUAGUACGUAGUAAUUCUCGACAGGGAUAGCUAGCACAGUAGUGAUAUCCUGGCUGUAGAGAUAUGGAUUAAAUUGAUUGGAAUAUG